UUAGUCUCAAUAAUAAUGAACUCAUAUAGCAGGUAUCCAGACUAUAUCUUCACUUUCUUGCAUGUUUUACUUCCUGUUGGGGGCAUUUGAGUGUCAUCAGGGUAGGCAUUGGCGUAAUCAUCCAUCGCUUAUGGGUCGCAUCAUUACCAAAUGUAAGAUUCUCAAAAAAGCUCUUUUACAAAAAUACCUCACUUAUUCACAAUAACAAGGGAGCCACACAUCCAAUCUCGGUACGCGCCCAAUAAACAGUUUCACUCUGAACCGUAGUUCUGCCUGCUCACGCACCCUGCUACCCGCGCGCAUGUGAUUACAUCAACUUUCACUCAAAAGCUAUAAGAAUCUUGCCCAUCAAUUCCUAAAACUGACUUUCUCAUCAUAACACUGCACCCACCCCACACACUCAACUCGAUAGCUCUUUCUUCCACAACACACAUUCCCUACCAUCAACAUGGCCUCUCCUCUACUGGAAGAGGUAAAGGAAGCCGUCAACGCAUCUGUAAAGCCUACCCAAGUUUGCUCAAAUGCCGAUCAGUACCUGCGCGAGGUUACUGUGAAAGGGGCGGCACCAAGAAGCACUCGGGGCUCUACCUCCACGACCCAGCGCACUCCAGUAACUACCACCUCGUCCAGGACCCAGUGUGACUGUUGCCCGGCUGACGAGACUCAGGACACCCCUUCAACACCUCGUACUGCUCGCCCUUCUCCUGGUCGAUCCUCGGGCCCUGGAUCCCGUUACACUGUCACCCGGGAUAGUCACCCGGCUGCCUCUACCACAGAAUAUCGCCCCCAGUCUCCUAAUUUGACUAGCCUACCAAAAUCCGAUCACAUAAUUUGUGGUCGCGUAGAGAAGACGCGCCGUGAAACCCGCUUGUCUUACAACGGGCCAAAGGCGUCAUUCAGUACACCUUGGAGGCUGGGUGCAUCACCUCAUUCAAGAGGUGAAACUUUCGACUAUACCCAGUGGUUUUCGAAGGCGAAAGCUACUGGUGUUGCACAUCCGGCACCAAAAAUCGACAGCAAUCUUAUUGGCGCCGAUAAGAUCACCGCAGAUCGCUCAAACCCUCCAUCUGCGCUGCAAACCCGUUCGGAAGCUGCGAUACAAGGCUCGAUCAACGGGGAGAAGACUUACUCUGGGCGACAGGGUCACGUUAACCACCACGCUCCAAUUCGACCCCCCAAUAUGCCCACCCGCUUCAUGUACUCUGAUACGUACAGAGCAUUGAGCAUUGACGAGCUUCAAAACGAGGCUGAGCUCCGCCAUCUGGACACAGAAGAACAGGACGACACGCAGUAUCUUAUCGAGGUAUUGAUGAUAGACGACAAAGCCUUCACCAAACGUUAUCAUGCGCUCGAGCGUGAACGCCUGGACUCCGCACAGCUGCGCGAUGAGGCUAUAAUGAAGCAGGUACCUCUUGAUACCGCGAGGUACUACAACCCUCUGGAGCUACUGGCAGAGAUUGCCGGUAAAUCUGGUCGAGACGCCGUAGAUGCGUAUAACCAACAGCUCAAACAGAAGAAGGCCGCAGAUUUGCGAGCCGCAAACCAACGUGCGGCGAAGAAGCAACGUCAAGAGCGGGCUCGAAGGGCGCAAGAAGUCGAGGCGGAGAAGGCAAUAAGCAAUGCAGCUCAGCUCGUGGCGGCGGCCGCUCCUAAAUCAAGGUUGACAAAGACGCAACGAAAGGAGAAGGAACCGACGCGUGAGGCCAGCCACUCUACCGACUCUGGCUACUCCACGGAGAUUCACGACAGCAACCAAGUAAAGGACAAGAGCAAGAAACGCCCACGCUCGAAUCUGGACUGUGGCGCAGACACGCCGCCUUCCAAGAAGAUGCGGCUGCCAGCAGACAAGGCUCCCCGUGUCAUCAAGCCUCGAUGCGUAAGGGCCUCUAAGGAUGUCAUCCACAGGUCCCGCUGUAACCCUGUGCCCCACACAGAGGUGAAGGUGAGCAAGAACAAGCAGCCUCCAGGUGCAGCAAUUCCUGGGCGUGGAGGCAAGGAAGCCGGCCAACAGAAGGGCAUUGCGUGUCCGCUUCAGAGGCCGAAUAAGCAGAGGACGCCCAGGAGCAGAGUUGCUGAGGAGGACGAAGAGUCUGAGGAAGAAUCCGACGACGACGACGACGACUGGCUUGUCGAUGACACCAACUACAGGUCUAGGCGGAGGUCGAAGGUCGCGCAGAUGGCUGCAUCAGGCUUGGUAUCGGGAAUGAGGUAAACAUG